GUCUGCCGUCGCGUGCUGAUGACGUGGCGGAGAGGUAGUGCGCGUUUGCCACGUCGGUCUCCGUGCAGCGCAUUCACACUGUUGCUCCUCCAGCCCGGGGCUAACUUUUAAGCCCGUUUUGUGCGUUCAGCUACGGGGAAAGCGCCCCCGCAACCUCGCCGGGACCUUCUUCACUCGUCGCCACAUCAGCGCAGUGGGAGAUAUUGGAGCUGUAAGCUGGAGAAAUGCUCUGCUGUGUGGACGUGUCUCACAACUGACUGAUGCAUCCUCGUCCAGCGCACUCCUCCGUGUGUUCUCGAUGUUUUUGGCCUGUCUGUACAUGGUGGCUUAUUGAGGAUAAGGGAACGAAUCCCGGCGGCUGUUGGUUGGUGGCCGGCAUCCGUGGUUGCCUUGGUAACGGGUGACCAUGCCUGGAGGUCGCAGGGGUCCCAGCAGACAGCAGCUGAGUCGCUCUGCUUUGCCGUCCCUGCAGACUCUGGUUGGAGCAAACCUCGGCAAUGGUACAGGCUUCAGGAACAGAAGCAGUACCUCAAUGGGUCUGUCUGCCCCACCUCUUUCAGCCCUCAUUACACCAGAGCCUGUCCGGCACUCAAGAAUCCCUGAGCUACCGCUGGACAGCAGCCUGCUGUUUGAACUCCUGCUCUUCCUUUAUUUGCUGGUGGCCUUGUUUGUCCAAUACAUCAACAUCUAUCGGACAGUGUGGUGGUACCCAUACAGCCACCCUGCUACCUCUACCUCGCUUAACUUCCAUCUAAUCGACUACCACCUGGUUAUCUUCAUCACAGUUAUGUUGGCCAGGAGGCUGAUCUGGACUAUAGUAUCUGAGGUGUCACAGAGUAACAGCGGAUCCCUGUUCCGCUAUGUGGUUCUGAUCACGGCUCGGCUCUGCCUGCUGACCUUGUGUGGCUGGGUGCUCUGUUGGACACUGGUCAACCUCUGCAAGAACCAUUCUGUGCUCAACCUCCUCUUCUUGGGAUACCCAUUCGGCGUGUACGUCCCGCUCUGCUGUUUCCAUCAAGAGGGAGGGAAAAGCCAAACGUCGUCGGCCGACUGCAAUUAUCCAGCCGACCACCAUCAGGCCGACCUAGCAGAGACCCCGUUCUUUCGACCACGUGACUUCCUGUUCCUUUUAAGAGAGAACCUCAGAGAGCAGUUCUCCAGCCCCCCCCACAUGCCCACCCACACAUGUCCACCACACACACACACUCAUACACCAGAGUUGAUUCGGGCUGAAGUGGAGGAACUAAAAAGUGACUUUAACCGGCGAAUCAAAGAAGUGCUUUUCAACUCAUUGUUCAGCGCUUAUUACGUGGCCUUCCUGCCUCUCUGCUUUGUCAAGAGCACCCAGUACUACGACAUGCGCUGGUCAUGUGAGCAUCUCAUCAUGGUGUGGAUCAAUGCAUUUGUAAUGCUGAUGAGUCAACUGCUGCCCCCCAGCUACUGCGACCUGCUCCAUCGCUCCGCGGCCCACCUGGGUCGCUGGCAGAAACUAGAGCAUGGCUCUUAUAGCAACACACCUCAGCAUGUGUGGUCAGAAAGCACUAUUUGGCCUCAGGGGGUGUUAGUACGACACAGUCGGUGUUUGUAUAGGGCUGUUGGAUCAUAUAAUGUUGCUUUGCCCUCUGAUGUGUCCCAUGCAAGGUUUUAUUUCCUUUUCCACAAGCCUUUGCGGAUCCUGAACCUGCUGAUCUGGAUCGAAUCAAGUGUAGUUUUAUACCAGUUAUACUCUCUGCUGCGCUCUGAGCGCUGGAACCACACUUUGUCUCUUGGCCUCAUUCUAUUUUGCAACUAUUAUGUCCUUUUUAAACUGCUCAGAGACCGCAUUGUGCUGGGCAAAGCCUACGCCUACCCGCUGUCUUCAAACGGUUUGGGACUGAAGUCACAGUAAAGACUACCCAGAUCUCUCCUAUGAACUCUGGAUGAUAAUGAUGGCUGGAGACCAGCUGACGUGGAAGGCCAGAGAGUUCUCUGUUUUUUUUUUUGUUUGUUUUUUGUUUGAGGUUAACAGACUGUGAACUCAGACUUGUUUUGAUACGGUUCUAUUUUUAUUGCAAUGUUUAUAAAUAACUAUUUAAGAGAUUGUUUUUAUUUUGUAUACAAUUUCAAGCUACACCGGGCAUUACCACGAUGACAAUAGCAUGUUGCUGGGAGACAGAGAAGCCAAGGAAUGCCAGGUGGUGAUUUUCACCAAAGAUAUUUUAAGUACAGGUGGCCAAUCACAGCGCAGACUUGGUUUUGGUGGUCAGUCAGACCAGACAAAAAUUUAGAGCAGUGGACAGAAUUGUGCCCGACACUCAGCAUCCUGAUGUGGCCUGCAUCAGGAAUAAAUUAGUUUUCAUUCGCAGAAUAAUUUGGUCACAUUUUGUUAAAGCGUUUUGGGAAGUACCCUAAGAUACCAGUGUUAAAUAAGACUGCUUUGUUCAAAACCAGUUGUUCUAAUUUGACAUUUUUCACACACUAGUGUUUCUAUGACUCAAACAAACAAGAUCAAUUCAUUAUUUAUUAAAGCUGCAGGGAGGGAGGUGUAACAGCAGAACAGGGCCUGAUUUUCUCAUUGUAGUUAGUUUACUCUACAGUCAUGAGGGUGGUAUCUGUCUUAUUAUCUAAUUUUGUUAGCAUCUAAAUGAGUUUCUGUCCCCAAAAUAUUGGUUUCCACCACAAAAUAAAAACCGUAGCGAGGCGAGUCCUAUCCACUGCUCUACAGAGUGCCAUGUUCUUCCUCCCUCACCUUGCGGCUCUAUUUUCACUGUCAGCAUCUGCUUGUUUCACAGCACUGGAUACCUGGAGGAGCAGAUGCAGCGCCAUGUCUUCACAAACUUGCACAAGCCUGUCGGCCUGAGAUGGGCCUAAGACACUGCUUGUGUCUUAAAACGUCAACACACAGUUUGAUUACGGGUGUUUUUCAGCUUGCCACACAGCCUCAUGUGUCCUGUUAGCGAAGUGUAAGGUUUGAACGCCUGCCGCUGUAACCAGGUGAUUAUUAUAAACUCUAACCACAGUUUGACACGCUGUAAGCCUUUUUGCUAUGUAGCGUAUGACUUAUUUCCAAGGUCAUUGGUCAUUUAUUUUGUCUUCGUUGGUCGUUGGUACCUCAAUGCUGAAUCUCCCGUGGGAGUACGUACCAUAUUACAGCAGGUUAAUGUCUUUGUAGAUUGGAUGCAGAUGACAGAAUGUAUGAGGCUAAUAAUAAAUUUUGGUACGUCACAGGAUCUAAGAUUUCACUGUCCUGCCUUGUGUAGACUCAGCAGCAGAGGAUGUUUAGAUUCCUGAUAAUCGAGGUGACGACAGCUGGAGGGCGUACGUGUCGCCUCAUUACCAGUUUGUGUGUUCACAGUUACCAUAACUGGGUCAUAUUUCAUGUGCUAGACUUUGUUCAAUCAUAUAUCCUUUUGUUCUGUCACCAACUCCAAUUUUAAAAUGUAAUGUAAAAAACUAAAUUCUAGUUGUAGAAAGAAGAUUUGAGAAUCAGUUGUGGAAAGUUAAAGGUUACGCAACCUUAAAAAGGGUAAAAAGGGUUGAGGGAAGCUCCUUGUGAGAUGAAGUGUCAGGGUCACAGAAAAUGAUGAAGGUGAGCUCUUUGGUGCUUAUGUUUUCUUUGCAGUAAUUGUCCACUUGAAUGUAGCAACUGAAUGGCACUGUUGACCUGAACUGGGAUGUUUGUAUGCUAAGCAGAACAACCUUCCAUAAACCUCAUUAAUGACAUGUGGCUUAAUGGCAGCAUUAAAUGGUCUUGACCUUAGUAGACAAAUGUCAUGGUUGCUCUAAAUCUUGCUUCCAGGUCCAUCUUUAUUUGCUCAUUUUACUCCCAUACUGUUACAGGCAUGUCUUUAUUAAAGCUCAUGAAACAAUAGCUAAAGCAGAUAAUUGAUGAAAGCUUUUCAGCUCAUGUUGCCCUGAGGUUUACUUGACUGUCCUCUAACUUAUCUGACAUUGGAAGUUGGGAGAAAAGUGGAACUGCUGCAGUGUCAGUUCUUUUUAAAGGCCAACUUGAAUACUAGAGUAUUUCUCCCAUGUGCCAUAGGAUGAGCUGAGUCCUGGUUGCACCUGAUGUUAAAUAUGUUGGUGCUGUAGAAGUCCUGGCCCUUAUAUUUCAACUUUUUACAGUGUUGAGUUUCUCACAGCAUCCUUGAGAAUGCUUUUAACAUUGUAAUAAAAAUGGAUGUUUUGUUUAAAUCGACAA